AUGAGCUACUACGGCAGCUACUACGGAGGCCGCGGCUACGGCUGGGGCUGGGGAGGCCUUGGUGGCCUGGGCUAUGGCUAUGGCUCCGGCUGGGGCUGGGGAGGCCUUGGUGGCCUGGGCUGUGGCUAUGGCUACAGGAGCUACGGCUGCUGGCGAUCUCGUCUUGAACAGAAACACACUCUCCCUGACACCAUGAGCUACUACGGCAGCUACUACGGAGGCCGCGGCUACGGCUGGGGCGGCCUUGGUGGCCUGGGCUGUGGCUAUGGCUCCGGCUGGGGCUGGGGCGGCCUUGGUGGCCUGGGCUGUGGCUAUGGCUACAGGAGCUACGGCUGCUGGCGUCCGUGCUGCUGUGGGGGAUACGGAUACUCUGGCUUCUACUGA